AUGUCGACGUCCGGGGAUGCGAGCCGUCCACCGCCGCCGACGGCGGUCGUCUGCAAGCCCUGCGCAGCGGCGCCGCCGGUCCCGCCGCGCCCCGCUCCGUCCGCGCGCUACGACGGCGCGGCGACCCGCGUCGAGGCCGCGACCGCGCGCCUCCGAGCCGUCGUGCAAGCCGCGCCUUUCGACGCCGACGCGCGCGUCAACGCUCAUAGGGUGGGCCUCGCCGCAACGUAUCAACAAGCGGCGAGGAUCGACUACGCGGCCGUCGCGCAAGCGCGAGGCGAGGAUUUGGAGGCGGAGCGCGAGCUGGAGAAACGCAUCGCCAUUCUAGAGGACGAGGGCGCGCGAUGUCGGGACUUCGCGCGGUCCGUCGCCGACUCCCUGCAGCGCGUCCGCGCGAUCGGCGGCGGCGCGGCCAAGAGCCGCGCGGCUGCUUUGGACGUCGCCGCGGCCUGCGACGCCAUCGUGGCGGCCCAGCGCAAGCUGGUGUUGGAGGCGGAAAGCUACGACGAGGCGCUCUUCGACCUCGAGCCCGUCGACGUCGGGAGCGUCGCGGUCGACGGCGACGAGGGCGAGGUGGACGACUUCGUGGCGAGCGUCGUGCAACUCGACGCGAAAAUACGGCGUGUCGCUUCGAAAAGCGAACCGACCUUCCGCGACGAGGCCGCCGCGCUGGACGUACUCAGGCGGAAACGGCGGCAGGUCUGCGCCACGAUCAGUGCGGCGGCGGACGUGGCGUUGAAGCGGGCGGCUUCAAGUGACGACGACGCCGCGGUGUUGGAGCGCGCGCCCAAGCUCGCGCGGCUCCUCGCGCUGUUACGGGGGCCGUUCGCCGACGCGUCCGUGGAGAAAGCGGCGGCCGACGCCUUCAACGCGAUCCAGACGACCUACUGGAAUUCCCGACUGCCGAGGUGCCAGCAGGAGGUCGAGGCUUCGCUCAAGCAAAGCACGUGCCUCGAAUUGUUGGAAAACGGCGCACGCGCGUGCCGCGCGCGGUGCGACCGCGAGGCCCAGCUCCAUUCGACCAUCUUCGCGACGGAGGCGGGCCUCGCCGAGGCGGCCGCGGAUGCGCGCGACGCGGCGCUGCAGACGCUCGCGAACGAGGUGCGCGACGCGGCCGUCUCUCAGGUCCGCCGCCUCGACGACUUUGGGGAAAUCGGGAGCGUCGUGGCGGCGUGUCGAGCGCACGGCGCGGCCGACGCGACGGGGACGGCGCUCGAGGAGAUCCGCUUGGAGGCGCAGCGCCGCGCCGCGGACCUCGCCCACGCGCGCGUGCGCGCGGCGACGUCGUCCCAAAUUACGGACGACGAGCUGCGGAGAGCUUUAAAGCCGAAGCAGUGGUUCGCGCCGCUGCGCGACGUGCUAAAGGCGCUCACGGACGCCAAGGCCGCGCGCGUCGACGGCGCGGCCUUCGACGACCUCGCGCGCCUCGCCGUGUCCGGCGUCGUCGCGCAAUUAUCUGAAGCGCAGCGCCGCCUGGCGGCGUUCAAGGCGCCGCCCUUGGAACUGCAGUUGUUCGCGGUCGCACAUCUGUUGGUGCUGCGGGAGAAGGUGGCGCCCCUCGGCGCGCGGCUCGGGCCCGGCGUUGUCGCGAAGAAGCGGCCCGAGAAGCGCGCGGGCGUACUGGGCCGGCUCUUCGGGCGGCGGCAGGCGUCGGAGCAACUGGACGACGCGCGCGCCAUCGACGCGAAGAAACAACUCGAGGACGCGCUGCGAAGUGCGUGCGCGCGCGUCGUCGCGCUCGCGCACCGGGCGCUCGCCGGGCCCUACGUGGACGCGCUGCGGUGCAUGCGGGACGCGCUGCCGCCGGGCGUCGCCGCGGCAGACGCGGCGCCGGCGCAACUGCGCGCGUGCAAGGGCGCGCCCUGGGCCCAGCCCGAGGCGCUCGCGGGCGCCGCGCGCGCCGCCGCGGACGACGCGCCGGCGACGGACGAGGCGCUGCGGCGCACGUGCCACGCUUUUUUGGAGCAGGCGUCGACGCGAAGAGCGCUGCUGCGGCCCGCGCGGCAGAAGGCGCUCAAGACGCUGGAUUCGUACGUGGCCAUGUGCGCCGCGCUGCUGCCGUUUGACCGCGUCCCUUCGACGGAGUUCGAGGCGUUCCGCGAGGCGCUCGCGGACGCCGAGUUGGCGCUGGAGCCGGACCCGAUGCCGAGCGAGUAAUAGUAUCUAGG